AUAUGAUCCAUUUAAUUAGAAUGAAUGAAGCAGGUCAAUCACAGCCGCCACGAGCACGUUGUACGGCCCAGACUCCAUAGCUGCUGAGCAAACAAACAAGUAGACAUAUUGCAACCUCAGCGAUCAUCGUUUCUAACAUAUUCAACACCCAACCUAGACUUCAAUAUCAACCGAUUGUUUUCUCAUCGUACCUACAAUUCUCACGUGUCCAAUCAGACACCGCCAACGAAACCAGUAAGACCCGCACCGACUCACGCAAUCACAACCCGGAUUUUUACGCCGGGUUCAAAGCUGAUUUCAUAAAUCCCCUUCACGUCCGUCACGAAACGGUCCACCAAGGCUGAGUCUUCAGCUGAAAGCAACUCCGCUUGGCACAGUGUUGGGUUCAGUUUGUUGAAAUUUGCGAAUUUAAUUGGCUCAAUAAUUGUUAUUUGGUGCUCUGGGGCAAAAAGAAAUGGAUUUGGUAGCUCACUGUAAGGGAAAGUUGGCAUCUUUUCGAAUCAAAGAGCUCAAGGAUGUUCUGACACAGCUGGGUCUUCCAAAGCAAGGGAGGAAACAGGAUCUGGUCGAGAGAAUCUUAGCAUUAGUUUCAGGUGAAGAAACAUCCAAUACACGGCAUUUGUCAAAGGAAAAAUUCAUUGAGAAGAAAGAAGUAGCAGAAAUAAUUAAUGAAGCUUACAGAAAAAUGCAGAUUGUACCGUCAACUGAUUCUGCUUCAAAAGAACAGAGUGGUUCAGAUACCUGCAGUGUGAAGCCUAAAAAGGAAGUUAAGAAUUUUAGUGAUACAAAUGCGAAGAUUUGCUGCCCCUGUGGAAGUUCUUUGUCUACUGAGGCAAUGAUACAGUGUGUGGACCCAAGGUGUCAAGUGCAGCAACAUAUUCACUGUGUUAUUAUUCCAGAGAAAACAACGGAUUGCAAUCUACCAGUCCGGCCUCUCUUCUUCUGUGAAAUGUGUCGUCUCAAACGUGCAGAUCCUUUUUGGGUGAAUGAGGUAGAUCUACUAUCUCCGGUGAAAUUAGUGGCUUCAAAUAUUCCAAUUGAUGGUGCAAAUCCUACUCAGAAUGUGGAGAAGACAUUUCAACUUUCCAGAGCCAAUAAAGAUCUUCUUCAGGAUAAUGAAUAUGAUGUUCAGGCUUGGUGUAUGCUUCUCAAUGAUAGUGUUCCAUUUAGGAUGCAAUGGCCACAGUUUGCAGAUUUACAGGUCAACGGUAUGAGUGUUAGGACAGUUAAUAGACCGGAACAUCAAUUGUUAGGUGCUAAUGGUCGUGAUGAUGGAGCAUUAAUCACAUUAUGCCUUCGGUAUGGAAUCAAUAAGAUUUCAUUAUCAGGGUGUGAUAAGCGUGCUUUCUGUUUUGGUGUCAGACUUGUAAAGCGACGUACAGUUCAGCAGGUUCUCAACUUGAUUCCUAAAGAAGAAGAUGGGGAGCUUUUUGAAGAUGCACUUGCGCGAGUUUGUCGUUGCAUUGGUGGUGGGCCUGCUAAGGCACCCGAAGAUAGUGACAGUGAUUUGGAAGUGAUUUCAGACUCAGUAUCAGUAAAUCUCCGAUGCCCUAUGAGUGGCUGUCGAAUGAAGGUAGCUGGCAGAUUCAAACCUUGCGUCCACAUGGGUUGCUUUGAUCUUGAUACUUUUGUGGAGCUAAACCAACGCUCUAGGAAGUGGCAAUGCCCUGUAUGCCUCAAGAACUACUCCUUGGAGGACAUCAUCAUUGACCGCUACUUCAAUCGCAUUACAAUGAUGAUGCUAAAGUGUGGGGAAGACAUAACAGAGAUCAAUGUGAAGCCAGAUGGUUCUUGGAGUGCAAAGACCAAAGGUGAGUUUAGUGAUCUUGCGCAAUGGCAUUUGCCUGAUGGAUCUUUAUGUGCUGGUAUGAAUUUGGAAACCUCAAGGCAGUUCAAGCUGGAAUCUUGUACAAACGAACAUAGUGGAUUUAUGCAUAAUCCUUGUGGGGUUACGGAAGUUAGUGGACAUCAGCAUGGCCCAUUAGAGGAAGAGUUUGAGGUUUGCAGUCAAAAUGUGAUAACAAUGAGCAGCAGUGCCACAGGAAGUGGUAGAGAUGAUGAAGGUAUGAACCAGAACUGCAAUGUCUCCGCCAACGAUGACAACGAAAUCAACUCAGCUUCUCGUAAUUUUGACCCAACAUUUGCAAUUAUGAACGGUGGUUCUGCUCAGGCUGGGAAUGCUGAUAUCAUUAUUCUUAGUGACUCUGAAGAAGAAGAUGUCCACUUGGUUUCUCCUGGAACUGUCUACAAUACUUUGCCAGUAGGUGGCAGUGGGUGUUCUCUGUCUGUACCUCCUGGCUUUUCAGGCUCAUAUGCACAAGAUCCAGCUCUGAAAGUGUGUGCAAGCUCUUCUUUGGGUCUCUUUAAUGAAACUGGAAAUGAUAUUGGGAUGUCUCAGUAUCCAUAUCCUUCAGGCACUGAAGCAGAUCCUGGGUUCCAGUUAUUUGGUACAGAUUCAGAUAUUUCAGAUGCUUUCAUUGAUUUGGAGCAGACAGAAGUUGCCCGUUCAGCUCCAACAAAUGGUAACACAUUGGUCUUGGAGGAAAUUCUAAAUCCAAGCAGACAGGUUUUAAACUCGUCUGGUUCCCAUGCCAAUGCUGACUUGGAUAACAGCUUGGUUGAUGAUCCUUUGGCCUUUGUUAGUGAGGACGGCUCACUACAAAAUUUUCUUCCAACUCAGCCCUCUGGUUUGUUGGAGCAAUCUGAUUCUGGACAACAUCCUCCAGAUUCAAAUGGAAUUAAUACUGAGGAUUGGAUGUCUCUUAGACUUGGUAGUAUCGGUGAAAUUGUCCCCAAUGAUAUUGAGGCCUGCACUGAAUCUGCAAGGACAAAUGAACUACGUUUGAGAAACCAAUGUGGAUCAGAUAAAGUUGCUUUAGUUAAGGGUCUAAAUAAUGGAGCUCGGUCAAAAAGAGAAAAUUCAAGGAAAUUUUCCGAUGGACCUUUCUCCUUUCCUCGUCAGCCAAGGUCUGUAAGACAACGAGUGUGUCUAUCGAUAGAGUCCAACUCUGAAUAGAAAAGGUUGUUGCUUACAUAAGGAGAAGCAAACAUCUUCAUUUUUGUAAAUUCAAGGUUUCAGCCAUGUGCAAAGCCGAUUGACCGCAAUGUUAGUUGUUAUAACCUCUCAUCUCACUAAUCUUAUUGGCAGCUCUUGAACCACUUUAUUUUGUGGUAACUGUAUUCUCUUUUCUACUUGGUGAUAUUGUUGAAGGUGCAGGUUCGACUUGCUCCUCCUGCAAUGAUUUUGCACUGAAAAUACCAUUUUAUACAACACAAUCAAUCUCUAUCCACCAAUAAUUAACAAUUGGGCAUAGUGCAAGCUUCACCCCUGUAACUUAUUCAACGGUGCUCUUUAUGUGCCACCAUGACCAACAAAGUGUAAAACAUUUGGAUGUUUUAGCAUGCAAACGAUGUAUAUGUAAAGAGAAAGUUUUGAUCUGUAGGGUUGUCAGUUGUGGAAUGCAUUCUUACUGACUCGUAAUAUUUUAUGCUUUUAUGAGAGUAGUAGUGAGGGAUGAAUUCAAUGGGGAAGCAUUGUGCUGGUUAAGUCGUAGGUCUUGUAGUUAUAGUUAUGAUUGCAAAAUUCCGCCUAUGCGUAUUUGAUUCCGCAGUAGAUACACGCCUAACCUUUUUCUGCUGCAGCAACUUUAGAGUUUAGAAAGAAACGGGAAGAAGAGAUGGAUGCCACCAAGAGGGGGAAGUAUGCUAGAAUGCCCAUGGUUAAUGCAAGUGUUAACUGUUUUAAAAAGAGAAUUCUCUCUACUCUGCAUGUUUAUGCAAUAUGGCAGUUCUAAUUUUACCGUGCAGCUAUAUUGUGAGUUUGAAUUUGUAAAUUUGUAUUACGAGCAGAGUGAAUACAGGGACAUCUUUGAAAAGCAGCACCCUGAUUGAAUUGGACUGCAGGAAUUUGGCUCUGAAUUUAAUUUGGUAUUAUUGUCCA